ACUACUCCAUUACUUCCUAAUUUUUCACCGAGUUGCAUUGAGAAACUAGAAAACGCAUGAAAUUAAAUUGAAAGCUCUAUAAAUACGCUCUUAUCCCAUGCGUAUUGUUCAUGCAAACUGUCCAACACAUCAACAAGUAAAGAAAAUAUUUUUCUCUCUUAUUACUUUCUCCAUCAUUUUAUCACACUUAUUAUUCACUUAUUAUUAUUAUUAUUGUACUACUACUAGUACUUGUUUGUUUCUACUCUUAACACUCAACUAUCUACUACUACUCCAUUACUUCACUUAAUCUUUGUUUUACAUGAUUUGUUUCUGUAUAAUUGUAUUUGUUCUUUCAACCACAACUCAAUUACCCACUUGUUUGUUUUUGUCCUAAAACAUAUGUAUUAGAUCCUAAAGCUCCAUCUCCAUCUCAAAAACCCAGAUCUCUUGCUCCUAUAAUAGUCACGGUGAGUGAUAAUAAUUUUUUUUAUCUUUCCCCUCCUUCUCCUCUUCCUUUGUAGUAAUUCUCCAUAUCAGAAACUCAGUCCCUUGCUGCUAUAAUAGUUCUUGAUUGUAAAUUUUUUUUAUCUUUCUUCUCCUUCUCCUUCACAAACUUCUCCUUCACAAUUUUUUCGACAACAUGGGAAAAAAACGAGCAUUACUCGUGGCUUUGAAAUUUAAUAAUCCGGAUAUGAUUGACUCGCAUAUUAGUUGUCAUCGGUUCGAAGAAUGCAUAACCAAGCAUUGUGGAUUUCUUCCCCAAGACAUUUGUAAAAUCAUUGAUGACAAAAACAGCAAGCCUCAUGAAGUCAGCUAUGAUGCAAUACGUCGACAACUACAUUGUUUUCAAGAAAUGACUAAAUCGGGAGAUGUUCUACUAUUCUACUAUGCUGGACAUGGAAUUCUUGAAAAAGGUUACCCAGCUCUUAAAAUGUAUGAUAACUUGACUAUCACAGGACAACAUUUGCAAUUGAUUGUUGAAAAUCUCAAUGCACGUAAAGCUGUGUUUACGGUUAUUGCUGACUGUUGUCACAGUGGUGGCUUACUUAGAUAUGCCUACGAGCAAAUUGGACGCAGUGUCGUUGAUCGAGGCGAAAUGCAACGACAAGGCAUAUUAUUGUCAGCGUGCCAACAAUUUCAAGUUUCUUUGGGCACAGUUGAAUGUGGUCUUAUAUUUACAGAAUUACUUAUACAAUUCAUCACUGAGGCAAAUGGAAUAAUCACAUAUUGGGAUUUGAUAACAAAGGUCAAGUUGGCACUCUGCAAGACAGGUGCCAUUCAAAUCCCGGGCCUAUAUUGCACGGAUGAAGAAGCAAAAGCACAAAUUUUUGAACAUUUUUAAUAAAGUCAUACUUUGUGUUUAGAAUUGUUAUUUAGUUUGGUUAAUGUUAAUGUCAAUGGUGUCAAAAGAUGUAAAAACAAGUUGCUCAUGGCCUUAUUGGAGUACCUUAAAAUGACAUGCAUGUGUUUUUAGGACCUCUUCCUAAUUUUUCUAACCUCACCCGAAAAGUGAAUGAUAUAUUUCCAUGUUA